AUUUUUUGAAAGCAAAGACAUAAAAAAUAAAAAGAAAUAGGAAAAAUAUCAGCGAAUGUAUGUGGUCGGUGAUAUGGCCGAGUCCGUUUCUUCUCUCUUCAUUACUAUACUGUAAACCCUAAUUCCACAAAUUAUCCCAAUUCUUCUUCACCCAAACUCAUUCACCGUGACUCAACCCUUCUCUUUCUCUCUACACUUUGUCGCAUCGCAGCUUGUUCCCUGAUUUUGGUUUCGUCUUCCCACUGCUCGCGGAGAAAAUUCGUGUCGCUCUCAUCGAAUUCUUCUCCGACACUGAAACUCAACUUCAGGGAACAAUUGGAUAUUAGAGUUGUGAUCAUUACAUUGUGAAAUUUGUAUACAUAUACAUCAAAGCUAAGUUGAAUCGGCUCUUGACUCAUGGCUGGAUUGUUGCUUGGUGAGGUCUCAAAUCAAGGAGCACAUCCAGUUGGUUCUCAAAGAUACUCUGAAGAGAAGCCAGAUGAUGGAUCAAGAUGGUAUUUUUCUAGGAAGGAGAUUGAAGAAAAUUCACCAUCCCAAGCAGAUGGCAUAGAUUUGAAGAAAGAAACUUACCUACGCAAAUCAUACUGUACAUUUCUGCAAGAUUUAGGCAUGAGACUUAAAGUACCUCAAGUAACUAUUGCAACAGCAAUAAUCUUUUGUCAUAGAUUCUUUCUUCGGCAGUCCCAUGCAAAGAAUGACAGGAGGACCAUUGCAACAGUGUGCAUGUUUCUUGCUGGCAAAGUCGAAGAAACUCCCCGCCCAUUGAAAGAUGUAAUCCUUGUUUCAUAUGAAAUCAUAAAUAAGAAGGAUCCAACAGCAGUUCAGAGAAUCAAACAGAAGGAUGUGUAUGAGCAGCAGAAGGAAUUAAUUCUACUUGCAGAGAGGCUUGUUCUUGCAACUCUUGGUUUUGAUCUUAAUGUGCUCCAUCCUUAUAAACCUCUUGUUGAGGCAAUAAAGAAAUUUAAAGUUGCUCAAAAUGCCCUUGCUCAAGUUGCUUGGAAUUUCGUAAAUGAUGGACUUCGGACAUCUCUUUGCUUGCAAUUUAAGCCCCAUCACAUCGCAGCUGGAGCCAUAUUCCUUGCUGCCAAGUUUCUAAAGGUGAAGCUCCCGUCAGAUGGGGAGAAGGUCUGGUGGCAAGAGUUUGAUGUCACCCCACGCCAAUUGGAGGAAGUGAGUAACCAAAUGCUCGAGCUGUAUGAACAAAAUCGAAUGCCGCAGUCCAAUGAUGCUGAAGGAACUACUGUUGGUGGGAAUUCCAAUCGGACCACCGUAAAAGCUCCAAAUAGUAACGAUGAAACAGCAGCCGCGAACAGUAAUUCCCAGACUGGAGGCACUAGUUCGAGACCUGAAACAUCAAAGCCUGCAUCUUCUAAAACUGCGCACGAUUCAUAUGUUGCUAACCAAGUUGGGCGCUCCAUCUCCAAUCCUGGUAGAAGUAGUGAUUAUGGGGCCAAAGAAAUGAAACGCAGGGUGGAAGAUAAUGUCAAAGUUAAUCAACAUUCUGAGGAGGAAAACUCACUGCAAGCACAAGAUGUGGCGAGAUCUCGUUCUGAUGGUGAAAAAGAGCAUGAAAACAAUACUCUUAGAACUGAAACUAAAGAACACGCUGAACCGAAAGAUAAACAUUACAGUAGAAACCCAGAUCAUAAGGAUGGUAGUAUACUUAGCCGGCCUCCUCAAGAAGCCAUUACAAAUUUUGAUACAGACAAGUACAAAGCUGCAAUAGAAAAACGAAGGAAAGCAGCUGGUCAUAUAACCAAAAAAACCGAUUUCAUGGAUGACGAUGAUCUCAUUGAGAGGGAACUGGAGGAUAUAGAUUAUACACCUCCUCAUAGUGAGAAGAGUAAGCAAGAUAGAAGGCAAAGCUGGUCUAAGCUCUCAGAUAGAUCAGAUUAUGACAACAUUCACGGGAGACAUCAAGAUCAUGCAGAUGAGAAACCUCAUGGGAUAAAGGGUCUACCAUCACUCCAAGAUCAUGCUGUGGAAGAAGGUGAGGUGUCAGCUUUUGACGACGUUAGUGUAGGGCUUCCGUCACCCAAAUCAAGCAUCCGCAAGAGGAAAGCAGGGAGCUCACCUGAUAGAGUGGUGGAGGGGAAGCAGAGACAUCAUUAUGGCCCUGGAUCUCACCACAAUAAUCGUUCUGAUUAUGUUGAAGAUCGGAGCAAGGUCAGCAGGCUAAGCCAUACUGAGAGAGACAGCAAAAGGCAUGCACAGGAAAACCAUGUUUGAAAAUGGAUAGGUUAUUAUUCUGAAAUAUUUUCUGGUCAUCUUAGCUGCCAAUGAAUCUCUCUGAUAGAGGAAUUUUAUGUGUUUUAAGGACUUAAAACAGCUUAUAAAAAACGGACUUGAAAACAAAUUUGAUUUGGAUGGAAGGACUAAUGUCAUUUCCUCGAUUUAUGGGCAUUUGGGAAACUGCAUCAUGUAAGUUAAUUGUUAUAAUAUAUUAGAGUGAGACUUGUAAUGGAGGGUCCAUUUUCCCACAUGAUCCAUGUUUUUGAUCUUGCCCCUGUGAAAUAUAAUUAUUAGCAACUAUAAAGGGAAGAUUGUUGGUGUUCUCUA